AUGAACGCCUUCUCCAUGAAUCACCUCGACCAAAGCGGCCAUACCCCGCACAACACACUGCGCUUCAUCAACCCACCGGGCCUGUAUGACCCGCGCCCCAACGGCUACAGCCACGCGGUGCUGGCGCCAGCGCGCGCCCGCACGCUGUUCAUUGCGGGCCAGGGGGGUGAAGCCGCAGCAGGGCAACUGCCACCCGACUUCAGCGCGCAACUGCACCAGGCGUUCGCCAACCUGCAGACUGCCCUGCACGCAGGCGGGGCCACGGCGCGGGAUGUUGCCAAGCUCACCGUCCUGAUCGUGGACCACACCGAGCAGCGCCUGGCGCUGUUCAGCCAGGCAGUGCGGCAGCGGUGGCCUGACGGCAGCGCUCCGGCCUGCACCCUGAUCCCCGUGCCCCGGCUGGCGCUGGACGGCAUGCUCAUCGAGAUCGAGGCCACCGCCGUGCUGCCCGUGUGA